AUGACAAUUGUAGAGGUAACGAAACUAAUAGACGAUCCAACGGCGACUGAUAACAGCGACAACAAUAAUAUAGAUCCAAAUGUUGGUAAGCUUUCGUUGACAUUAAAGAAAGAUACGGAAUCUGGAUACUAUUUAUUAAGACCAUUAGUAUCAUUGUUGGCUGCAACAGAUAAUGAUAUAUCAGGUAAUUCGACAAUUGAAGAGCAAGAGGAUAAAAUAUGUAAUAAGUAUGGGAUCCUCGUCGAUACAGACGAUGCAGGAAAGAAAUGGAUUAUGGAAGAUAAAAUGUUCCAUUUAUUAGACCUUUUAAAUAUAUUACCUUUGUUCAAAGAUGAAUUCCCACCCGAUGAGGUUGAAGUCAAUAAUGGUAGAAAUGAAAAUGCUAACAAUGAAGAUGGGAAUUCUGCAAAGAUGGUAACAGGUGCAGCUUCUUUUCAUCAUGGUAAUAUCUCUCCGUCAUUGAAAAGAUUAAAUGAGUUCCAAAUUAGUAUAGACUCACAUAGGCAUUUAGGUUCUCCCUUAAAGAAACAGAAGAUAAUUAAUAAUCAAAAUGAACAAGGUGAUAUUAAGAAAUUAGAAUCAAUAGAUACAGAUAUGAUACAUGGUGAACUGGACGAAAAACCAAUUAUUGUAUUUAAUCAUGAUUUAAGAAACAGACAAGAAUUCUUAUCGCCCUCUUCAUUGAAAUUACUGCAAUCAUUUAAUAUAUCCUCAGAGGUAGAUAAUGAUCAAAGAUUGAAAUUAGAGAGCUUUCUACAAAGACUUUUAUUUCCAGAAACUAGAGAUGAUGACAGCCAUACUAACGAAUUUGGUAUCUCCAAUAAUGAUAAUACUACAUUUGAAUCGUUGUUACAUCAAGUUAAUUUAGCCUUCCCCAAUACGCCAUUGAAUUUAAAUAUUCCAGUAGAUGAACAUGGUAAUACCCCAUUACAUUGGUUGACAACCAUCGCAAAUAUAACCUUAGUUAAAAACUUGGUCGAAAAUGGUGCCGAUAGAUUGAUAGGUGAUAACAGCGGCGAGUCACCAUUAGUGAAAGCAGUUAAAUCAGUCAAUAAUUAUGAAUCUGGUACAUUUGAAGAGUUAUUAGAUUACUUGUAUCCUUGUUUAAUUUUAAAGGAUUCAAUAAAUAGAACAAUUCUGCAUCAUAUCGUUAUUACAUCUGGGAUGACUGGAUGUGCCAUAGCCGCCAAAUAUUAUUUGGAUAUUUUAAUGGGAUGGAUUGUUAAGAAACAAAUGAGGAAAGUCAUUAAAGCUAGUAAUAAUAACGAUAAUGAUGAUGAUACUGCUAUAUCGUUAUUACAAAAUUUGGAUUUAAAGUGGAUAAUCAAUAAUAUGCUAAAUGCUCAAGAUUCAAAUGGUGAUACAUGUUUGAACAUAGCCGCUAGAUUGGGUAAUGUUUCUAUUGUAGAUUCAUUAUUAGAAUAUGGCUGUGACCCAUAUAUUGGCAAUAAAUCAGGAUUACGCCCGGCUGAUUUUGGAGCGGGAGGUUCAAAACUUCAAACCACUCGUAAAGGUUCCACAUCUGUGGAUAAAGAUAAAGAAAAUAAAGAAUCUGUGCUUGAACAAUUGAGGGAUUCAGAAGAUCUUACUAGUAUCGGUGGUUCAGGAAGAAAUGAAAAACCAGAUACAAAGAGUCUCAUUAAUGAUUUACAAGAAUUGCUAAAUACUGUAUCACGAGACUAUGAAAAUGAAGUUAAAUCAAGUAAAGAAAGGCUAAUAAAUUUACAUAGGGAAUUAAAGGUUAAAAGAGAGGAAUUAUCGAACUCACGAGAAAAAUUAAAUCGAACGAAACAAUUGAAAGAUGAAUAUUCCUCUCUGAAAGAACAGUUAUAUAGUAUACAAAAUGGAAUUGCAGAACAAGAUGAAGAUUUUAAGCAGGAGAGUAUGAAAUUGGGGAUAUCUGAAGAAGAUACAUUAUCCAUUGAAUGGGAUUCAAACGAUUUUGAUGCAGAUGAGCCAUUUAGGAUCAAGUUUAUCUUUGAUCAUUUAAGUAAGAAAUUGACAGAACAAUAUGACAAUGAUAUUGAAAAGUUGAUUGCAGAUGACUAUUCUGAUGAUCUUUUAGAUGAACUUAAAGAUUUAUACACUAAGGAAGUGGCCAAAACUGAUACCGAAGAUGAUCUUGUAACGUCUUUGCCACCAGUUGGUUUGCUGAGAGCUAGAAUAAACGCCUACAAGAGAAAUGAUGAAUAUUUAAAAGGAAUUUAUCAAAAGAUACAACAAAAGCAUAGCGAUUUGGAAAAUAAGUUUAGGAGAGUUCUUUCUUUGUGUUUGAAAAUAGACGAAAACAAAGUUGACGAUAUGUUGGACGGCUUAUUGCAAGCUAUAUCCUACGAAGAUCCUCAUGAAAUUAAUACGAACGAAAUGCAAGAUUUUUUAAAGAAACAUUCUGUAUAA